GAUGUUUGUGCUGGCCCCCAUAUGUACCACGCUUUGCUAAGACAGGCAGACCUGGAGCAGCACACCCCUAAAGUCACAACCUUCAAGAUGCCUGAGGACUUUGGAAGUAUCCUGGAUAAGCAAGUGAUUGGACCAACCACUGAGAACCUCAUCAAUUCAGAUUUCCCAGUACAAUCGUUUAAGCCCAAAGUACAGAUUGCCUUCCAAGGGCUUCCAGGGCAAUGCCCUCGGAAGAUUGAGGUAGAGAGGAGAAGACGGCUAUAUCUCACCUUCGAUAUUGCUCAGCUCUUAGCCAGCAAGGGGAUAGACUCCAAUCAGCUGAUGCCAAGGCACCAUGAUCCUGACAAUAUGCCAACUAUUGAGGAGAAGAAAGAUCCUGUCUUUCCCAUCUACCUCCCACUGAAGAUAUUUGACAAUGACGAGUAUGACUGUCGAACUCCAGAAGAGUGGAUCUCGCUAGGACUGGAGCCAGGAUCUCAUGACAGAAAGCCAGUGCCUGGAAAAGCACUUUUACCUACAGAUGAUGUACUGGGACAUGAGGACCCCAAAAGCCAGAAGUUAAUCUACAAGUGGAUUGAUGUUGGUGUUCUGGAUUAUGACAAGGAGACAGAGCUCUACUUGGUCCAUAAAACAGACAAGAAUGGGCUGGUGCGGGAUGAAGAAGGGAGACCCAUCCUCAGUGGAGGAAUAACUCCACAAGGAAGAGCCCUAUCGUUGUCAUGUCAGUACUGGGUGCCACGAGUUUGCCUACUGUUUCUGGCUGAAGAUCCCCAGGUGUUUGCACAGCGGGUAGUUUCUGCCAACAGCUUGCGUAAGAAGACGCAGGCGCUGCUACUGUAUCACCUGUAUGUGGACUGCAUGCCCACAGAUGGACUAAAUAGCAUCAGCGAGAAGAGCCUGCAGAGAAUGAAGCUGUUGGCUAUGCAUACUCCCAAACUGAAGCAAGAGAAGAGGGUGUUAGACCAUAUGUGCUGCCUGGAGAAAGAAGUGAGAUUAGACUAUGAACGCACCAUGAAUAGGAUCAGCUUUGACAGAGUCGUCACUUCCAAACCUCAGAUAUUUUUUUAUGUCACCCUGCCAGACAAAGAGGAGAAGAAAGCACCAGAGAAAGGGCUCAUCUGGAUCCCAGACUAUCCUUUUGAUGAACGACGAGCAGAUUUCAACUUUGUUUCAUUCCUGACCAGGCCACAAGUCAUCCUUCUCCUUACACAGGUGCAAGAUGAGUGCAACAAGGCAGCCACCAUGUCUCUGUUUAACUCAACCUUAGCCAAGCAUGUCUGCUUGGAGGAGUUUGAACAGAUCCAGACCCAGACCUUCACUCAGGUUCAGGUGUUUCUCAAGGAUACUUGGAUCAGUACUCUAAAGACUGCAGUAAAGAGCAACCUGAAAGAUGCAGGCAAAGACUGGUACAACCUGGAACAGAGCCACUGGGAUGUCUACCAGAUGACCAAACUACAUAAGCUGAUGAAGCGCAUCAAAUUAAUCCUUCAGGACUCUGUGCGCUAUCUGGUCCAGAACUCACUGAUCAGCUUCACCCAGCUUUUGCUGGAUGCUUGCCAUGGUAUCCUGAAUUGCUCAGAGGACAUGGAAUGGGGAGAUGACCUCAUCAAUAGUCCCUACAGGCCUCAAAGGAAUCCACUCUUUGUAACAGACCUUGUGCUAGACAGCAGUGGUGUUCACUUCAGCCCCCCUGUGGAGAGCUUUGAGAAGUCCCUCAUUUCUCUAUUUGACAAGGGAAUCCUGGUGACUCACACUGUCCCACAGCUGGAGAAGUAUGUGUUGGAGAACAUGCUAAUCACAGGCACACCCUUGCUGGACUCAGUGGGCUUGCACGAACCAGAAGUGGAAGAACUACGUGAGGCUAUGCGGUCUGCCAUUCAAAAGGCACUGAUCCCUCUCCAAGCCUACGCCAAGAGAUAUGAGAAGUUCUUAGAGCUAAAUAACAAUGACAUCCAGUACUUCCUAAGAGACUACGAAGAGCAAUGUCCAUCUGCCCAGGAAGUGAUGAGUAUAGUAAACAUGCACUUGUCUGAAAAGGAGAACCUGGACAGCACUCUACCUAGUUCUAUUGUCAUUGGUCCCUUCCAUGUCAGCACAGAAGAUGUUAAGCAAAAUCUGUCCAAAAAAUACAAAGUGCUUGCCACUUCCAUGUUGGACAUACUGGCUAAAAAUCUCCAUUUGCAGGUGGAGAAUAUCUGCGAUGCAUAUAAAGCCCUGAGCUGCAAAAUGCAUGAGAAACCAAACAGCAUCGAGGAGCUGGCUGAGCUGCGGGAGUGGAUGAAGGGAGUCCCCGAGCAGCUGGCUGUGCAGGAGGAACUGAUACGUGAAGUCAUGGAAGAUUACAAGGUCAUGGAGGAAUUCCUUUACAAUCUUACUGAAGAAGAUUUCAAUGACAAGUGGGCUGCAAGUUACUGGCCGCUGAAAAUAGCUAUGCAAGCUGAGUCCAUUCGGCUCCAGCACCUGGAGGAUGAAGACAAAUUUCGCAAAAUCCAGGUCAUAGAUCAGAACAGCUUUCAAGACAAACUGGAAGAGAUGCAGCUGACUGUAGGUGGAUUUUCCAUCCAGGCAGACGUUAACCAAGUUCAUGAGUUGGUUAACAAAGCAAGGGAAGUCAGGAAGCAGCUGAAGGAGCUUCAGAAUUUGGCAAUUAUCUACAACAACAGGGAAAGAAUCUUUGGAAUGAAAGUUACUAAUUACAGUAAACUAUCCAGGAUGGUUAAGGACUUCCAGCCAUACUAUGAUCUCUGGACUACAGUGUCAGACUGGAUGCAGUGGUAUGAGAGUUGGAUGAAUGAUCCUCUCAUGGAAAUUGAGGCUGAGCAGCUAGAAAAGAAUGUCAGUGACUCUUUUAAGACAAUGCAGAGAUGCGUGAAGCAGUUCAAGGAUUCACCAGCCUGCCAGGGUCUGGCAAUGGAGUUUCGAGACAAGAUUGAAGAAUUCAGACUAUACAUCCCCUUAAUUCAAGGGCUGCGCAAUCCUGGUAUGAGAAACCGGCACUGGGAGAUGCUGUCAAAAGAUAUUAACAUCGAUAUCAAGCUAGAACCCAAUCUGACAGUUGGUCGCUGCUUGGACAUGAACCUGCUGGACCGUAUCGAGAGCAUUACCAAAGUAGCUGAGAUAGCUGGCAAGGAAUACGCCAUUGAGAAUGCACUCAACAAGAUGGAGAGUGAAUGGGACUCUAUUUUAUUUACUGUGAUGCUUUACAAAGACACAGAUACCUUUAUUCUGAAAAACACUGAUGAAGCUUCUCAGCUCCUAGAUGAUCACAUUGUCAUGAUUCAGAGCAUGUCCUUUUCACCAUUCAAGAAACCUUUUGAAGAAAGGAUGAACGCCUGGGAAAAUAAGCUGAAGAUGACACAGGAUGUCCUAGAGGAAUGGCUGAACUGCCAGCGCUCUUGGCUCUACUUGGAGCCCAUCUUUAGGUCAGAGGACAUCAAAAGACAGCUCCCAUUGGAAAGCCAGCGCUACCAGGCCAUGGAUAGGGACUGGAGGAACAUCAUGAAAAAUGCUAACGAAAACCCUGAGGUGAUGUCUUUGUGCCCUGAUCCUACGCUACUAGAGAACCUGCGAAAAUGUAACAAACUACUCGAACUUGUGCAGAAAGGGCUGAGUGAAUAUCUGGAGACAAAGAGAGGUGCUUUUCCCAGGUUCUACUUCCUUUCAGACGAUGAGCUGCUGGAAAUACUGUCUCAGACAAAAGACCCCACUGCUGUACAACCUCAUCUCCGCAAAUGCUUUGAGAACAUUGCACAGCUGCUGUUCCAGGAGGACCUACAGAUCACACACAUGUACUCUGCUGAAGGAGAAGAGGUGAAGCUGUUUGUUCCCAUCUAUCCCACUGACAAUGUGGAGGACUGGCUGCUGGAAGUUGAGAAAUCCAUGAAAGCCAGUAUACGGGACAACAUAGAAAGAUCAAUCGGUGUUUAUCCAGUGACUCCACGUACUACAUGGGUCUUGCAGUGGCCUGGCCAAGUGGUCAUUGCUGGCUGCCAGAUUUUCUGGACAAAGGAAGUGUCUGAAGCUCUGGAAGCUGGAGAUUUGUCCAGCAGACUUUUCCCGCAGCUGAGUACUCAGCUGGGCGAUUUGGUUGCCCUGGUCCGUGGAAAAUUGACUAAGAUGCAGCGAGCAGUGUUGUCAGCUCUUAUUGUGGUUGAGGUCCACGCCAAGGAUGUUGCAGCAAAGCUGAUUGAGGAGCGUGUGACAAGCAUGAAUGAUUUCGAGUGGAUCUCCCAGCUCAGAUACUACUGGACAAGGCAGGACUUAUACAUUAGAGCUGUGAAUGCUGAAUUUAUCUAUGGCUAUGAAUAUCUGGGCAACAGUGGCCGUCUGGUUAUCACGCCCCUCACUGACAGGUGUUACCUGACGCUUACAGGAGCUCUGCACCUGAAAUUUGGAGGAGCACCUGCAGGACCAGCAGGAACAGGCAAAACAGAAACAACAAAAGACCUGGGGAAAGCACUAGCGAUCCAAACUGUAGUGUUCAACUGCUCCGACCAACUUGACUUUAUGGCAAUGGGAAAGUUUUUCAAGGGACUAGCCAGCUCUGGCGCAUGGGCUUGCUUUGAUGAGUUCAACCGCAUUGAUAUCGAGGUGCUGUCUGUGGUGGCCCAGCAGAUCACAACCAUUCAGAAAGCACAGCAGCAGAGGGUGGAUCGCUUCAUGUUUGAAGGCACAGAGAUCCCAUUGGUCCCAUCCUGUGCAGUCUUUAUCACAAUGAACCCAGGGUAUGCUGGGCGCACUGAACUGCCCGAUAACCUGAAGGCUCUGUUUCGCCCUGUGGCUAUGAUGGUCCCAGAUUACUCCAUGAUUGCUGAGAUCUCACUCUACUCCUUUGGGUUUAAUGAAGCCAAAGUCCUUGCAAAGAAGAUCACCACAACAUUCAAACUAUUGUCAGAGCAGCUCAGCACCCAGGACCACUAUGACUUUGGGAUGAGAGCUGUGAAGACUGUCAUCUCAACAGCUGGCAACCUCAAAAGAGAGAAUCCUACUAUGAAUGAGGAGCUGAUCUGCCUGCGGGCUAUCAGGGAUGCCAACAUACCCAAAUUCCUGCAGGAUGACCUCAAGCUCUUCAAUGGUAUUGUCUCAGAUUUAUUUCCCAAGAUCAGAGAAAAGCCUGUUGAUUAUGGCAUUCUGGAAGAAGCCAUUCGCAAAUCCUGCAUCAAAGAGAAUCUGAAGGAUGUUGAUGGUUUUGUGACUAAGUGCAUCCAGCUCUAUGAAACCACUGUGGUUCGUCAUGGCCUUAUGCUAGUGGGGCCAGCAGGCUCUGGGAAGACAAAGAGUUAUGAAGUCCUGGCAGCUGCAGUGACGUCACUGAAAGGUCAGCCUGCAGCCAGUGGUGGGAAUUACGAAGCAGUCAGCUACUUUGUACUGAAUCCCAAAUCCAUCACAAUGGGCCAGCUUUAUGGAGAGUUCAACUUGCUAACGCAUGAGUGGACAGAUGGGAUCCUUUCCUCACUCAUCCGGCAGGGAGCUGCGGCCACCAACACCAGCAAGAAGUGGUACAUGUUUGAUGGGCCAGUUGAUGCUUUAUGGAUUGAGAACAUGAACACGGUGCUGGAUGACAAUAAGAAGCUGUGUCUCAGCUCAGGGGAAAUUAUCAAGCUGACAGAGAGCAUGACCAUGAUGUUUGAAGUCCAGGAUCUGGCUGUUGCUUCCCCUGCCACAGUCUCCCGCUGUGGCAUGGUUUACCUGGAACCCAGCAUCUUGGGGCUGGAGCCCUUCAUUGAGUGCUGGCUGCAAAAAAUCCCAGGCAUCAUGCAGCCCUUCUCACAGCAGCUAGCUUCUCUCUUCAGGAGAUUCCUCAAGGAGGCCAUUGGUUUUGUCAGGAGGUUUGUGAAGGAGAUAAUUGCCUCAACGGACAGUAACCUCACAAGGAGCCUCCUCAUGCUCUUGGAAUGUUUGUUUCAGCCUUUCAUUCCCAUUGAGGGAAUUAGGAUGAUUCCCCAGGAGAAGGCAGCUCGUAUUGGAGAGCUGAUUGAACCCUGGUUUAUAUUUGCCUUGAUCUGGAGUGUGGGUGCUACUGGAGAUUCCCAAGGUCGCAUGGCCUUCAGCUUGUGGCUGAGGGAGAAGAUGGCAAAGGAAAAGAUCCAGUUACUUUUCCCAGAAGAAGGGCUGGUUUAUGACUAUAAACUGUAUGAUGCUGGACUUAGCAGUGCUGAAGAUGAUCUGGAUGAGGAGGUCAUUAGGGAGGUGUGCUGGGAGAAGUGGUUGGACUCUACGGCUAAGUUCACCAUGGUUCCUGAUACCAACUUCUGUGACAUUAUUGUGCCCACAAUGAACACAGUCCGAAUGGCCCAUCUGCUGGAGCUGUUGCUCACCAACCGUAAGCCAGUUCUCUGCAUUGGUCCCACUGGUACAGGGAAGACUGUCACAAUUACGGACAAGCUUUUGAAGAACUUGCCUCUCAGAUACAUCACACACUUCCUGAUGUUUUCAGCACGCACCUCUGCUAACCAAACCCAGGAUCUCAUUGACAGCAAACUGGAUAAGAGGCGGAAGGGUGUGUUCGGGCCUCCAGUUGGGCGGUACAUCGUAUUUUUUAUUGAUGACUUGAACAUGCCCAUGCUGGAGAAAUAUGGUGCUCAGCCACCCAUCGAGCUGCUGCGGCAGUGGAUGGACCACCAGGGCUGGUACGACAGGAAACAGAUUGGUACUUUUAAGAAGCUGGUAGAUAUUAAUUUUGUCUGUGCCAUGGGACCUCCUGGAGGGGGAAGGAAUGCUAUCACUCCACGCCUCACCCGCCAUUUCAACUACCUCUCCUUCACAGAGAUGGAGGAGAGCAGCAAGAAGACUAUCUUCUCCACCAUCCUUGGCAGCUGGAUGGCUGGACUCCUAGGAGAAAGAAGUUACAGAGAUCCAGUGCCAGGAGCAUUUGCAGUCAAAGACUUGAACGAGCCCUUGGUUGAUGCCACUAUCUGCAUGUAUUUGACCAUCACAUCCCAGCUGCUGCCCACACCAGCAAAGUCACAUUACACCUUCAACCUGAGAGACCUCUCCAAGGUGUUCCAGGGCAUGCUCAUGGCUGAGCCCAGCAAGAUCGAGAACAAACUACACCUGCUGAGACUGUGGUACCAUGAGAGCUGCCGGGUCUUCUGUGAUCGCCUGGUCAGCAAGGAUGACCGGACCUGGUUUGACAACCUGAUGAAGAGUAUGAUGGAGGAGUUAGGCACCACAUUUGAGGAGGUUGUCCCCUCCCAGCCAGUUCUGUUUGGGGACUUCAUGGAGCCAAGUGCCAAUAUCAAACUCUACGAAGCAAUCGACAGCCAGGAAAAGCUGAAGGUUGUGAUUGAGGAUUACCUGGAGGAGUACAAUCAAAUCAACACCCCAGAGCUGAAGCUUGUGCUUUUUAUGGAUGCGAUACAGCACAUCUGCCGAAUCAGCCGAAUCCUGCGGCAGGCUCCAGGGAAUGCUCUUCUCCUGGGUGUUGGGGGAAGUGGGAGACAGUCUCUCACCAGACUGGCAUCUCACAUGGCAGAUUAUGAGUGUUUCCAGAUUGAACUGUCCAAAAAUUAUGGCAUGACCGAAUGGCGAGAUGACGUGAGGAAGAUCAUGAUGAAGGCAGGCCUUCAAAGUCUACCCAAGACAUUCCUGUUUGUAGACACACAGAUUAAAAAUGAAUCCUUCCUUGAGGAUAUCAACAACCUGCUCAACUCAGGUGACAUUCCUGACAUUUACAACCUCGAUGAUCAAGAACAGAUCAUGACAGCUAUGAAGCCCAUUGUUCGAGAUCUAGGGCAGCAGCCCACCAAGGCCAAUUUGAUGGCUGCAUACGCAGGACGGGUUCGCAGCAAUAUCCACAUGGUCCUGUGCAUGAGUCCUAUUGGAGAAGUCUUCCGUGCACGCUUGAGACAGUUCCCCUCUCUUGUGAACUGCUGUACCAUCAACUGGUUUAAUGAGUGGCCUGCUGAAGCCCUGCAGUGUGUUGCCUCCUCCUUCUUGCAUGAGAUUCCGCAUCUUGGUGCCAGUACUGAAGAUGUUGAUGGGAUGAUUCAAGUAUGCGUAGAAAUCCAUCAGAGCGUGGCAAAGAAGUGCCAAGUGUACCUGGCAGAGCUGGCCAGACACAAUUAUGUCACUCCCAAGAGCUACCUCGAGUUCCUCAGCAUCUUCAGUUCCCUGAUUGGAAAGAAGAAACAGGAACUGAAGACAGCCAAGAACAGGAUGAAAAGUGGCCUGGACAAGCUCCUGCAAACAGCAGAGGAUGUAGCAAGGAUGCAGGAGGAGCUGGAGUCUGCCCGCCCUCUCCUGGCACAGGCAGCCAAGGACACACUGGCAACCAUGGAGCAACUGCAGGUGGACACAGCUGUAGCCGAAAAGACAAGAAGUGCUGUGCAGGCUGAGGAGACGAAGGCCAAGUUGAAAGCUCAGACAGCCCAAGCCAUUGCAGAUGAUGCUCAGAAGGACUUGGCUGAAGCCCUCCCAGCCCUGGAUGCUGCUCUUGCCAGCCUGAGGAACCUCAACAAAAGUGAUGUUACGGAGGUACGAGCAAUGCAGCGGCCUCCCCUCGGUGUGAAGAUGGUGAUUGAAGCAGUCUGCAUUAUGAAAGGAAUCAAGCCGAAAAGGGUGGCAGGAGAAAAGCUAGGCUCCAAGGUGGAUGACUACUGGGAGCCAGGCAGGGGCCUUCUCCAGGACCCAGGGAAGUUCCUGGACAGCCUGUUUAAGUAUGAUAAGGACAAUAUUGCAGACAAUGUGAUCAGGGCCAUCCAGCCCUACAUUGACAGUGAGGAGUUUCAGCCAGCUGCUAUUGCCAAGGUCUCCAAAGCUUGCACCUCCAUCUGCCAGUGGGUGCGUGCCAUGCACAAGUACCAUUUUGUGGCCAAGGUUGUGGAGCCCAAGCGGAAAGCAUUGCGGGAGGCCGAAGAGGACCUGCGUGCCACUCAGCAGGUCCUUGAGGAAGCUAAGGAACGCCUGAGGGAGGUUGAAGGUGGCAUUGCCAUGCUGCAAGCCAAGUACAAGAUCUGCAUAGCCAAGAAGGAGGAGUUGGAGAUGAAGUGUGAGCAGUGUCAGCAGAGACUGGGCCGUGCUGAUAUGCUCAUAAACAGCCUGGCUGAUGAGAAGGUGCGCUGGCAGGACACUGUAGAGAAACUGGAUUGCAAGAUCAACAACAUCACUGGGGACAUGCUGGUUGCAGCUGGCUUUGUGGCCUAUCUGGGCCCUUUUACAGGACACUACCGUGUAGCACUGUGCAAGGAGUGGCUGAGGCAGCUGUCAGAAAACAACAUUCCUCACACCACGGAGCCAAACCUGAUCAGCACCCUUGGAGACCCAGUGGAAAUCAGCUCCUGGCAGAUUGCUGGUUUACCCAACGAUACCCUGUCUGUGGAGAAUGGGGUAAUAACACAAUUCUCCCAGCGCUGGACUCACUACAUAGAUCCCCAAGGACAAGCAAACAAGUGGAUCAAGAAUCUGGAGAAGGUGAACGGUCUGGAGGUGGCCAGACUGGGCGACCGGGACUUCCUCUGCAGUCUGGAAAAUGCUAUUACCUUCGGGAAGCCCUUCCUGCUGGAGAAUGUCGGCGAGGAGUUGGAUCCAGCCCUUGAGCCUGUACUGCUGAAACAGACCUACAAACAGCAAGGCAACACUGUGCUGAAGCUGGGGGAUACAGUGAUCCCCUACCAUGAGGGUUUCAAGAUGUACAUCACUACCAACAUGCCCAACCCUCACUACAGCCCUGAGGUCGCCACGAAGCUUACCCUCAUCAACUUCACCCUCUCACCCAGUGGCUUGGAAGACCAGCUGCUGGGACAAGUGGUGGCUGCAGAGCGGCCUGACUUAGAAGAAGCUAGAAACCAGCUAAUUAUUAGCAAUGCCAAGAUGCAUCAAGAGCUGAAGGAGAUAGAAGACCAGAUCCUGUAUCGGCUCAGCACUUCUGAAGGAAACCCUGUAGAUGACUUGGAGCUCAUCAAAGUGCUGGAGGCAUCCAAGCUCAAGGCAGGAGAGAUCCAGGCCAAGGUAAUGGUGGCAGAGCAGACAGAGAAGGACAUCAACAUCACCCGUGUCCAGUAUGUGCCUGUGGCCGUCCGCUCACAGAUCCUCUACUUCUGUGUCUCAGACCUGUCCAAUGUGGACCCCAUGUACCAGUACUCACUUGAGUGGUUCCUCAACAUCUUCCUAAUGGGGAUCAGUAACUCCAAGAGAGCAGACACCCUGAAGGACCGGAUUGUGAACAUCAACAACUACAUCACCUUCAGUCUCUACAGUAAUGUGUGCCGUAGCCUCUUUGAGAAGCACAAGCUCAUGUUUGCCUUCCUGGUUUGUGUCCGGAUUCUGAUGAAUGAUGGGCAGAUUGAUAUGGAGGAAUGGCGGUACCUGCUGUCAGGAGGGACCAUAAAGGAGAUGAGGGAGAACCCAGCUCCGACCUGGCUGUAUGAGAGAGCAUGGGGAGACAUCCUGGCCUUGAGCGACCUGAAGAACUUCUCUGGCUUCGCCAAUGAUUUUGCAGCCAACCUGGUAGCAUUCAGGGCCAUUUUUGACAGCCCCAAGCCUCACAGGCAACCCCUGCCUGGGAAGUGGGAUGCUGAGCUUGAUGCCUUCCAGAAGCUUCUGGUUCUGCGGUGUCUGCGGGGAGAUAAGAUCACCAACGCCAUGCAGGACUUUGUGGCGCUGAACCUGGACCGGCACUUCAUUGAGCCGCAGACCACUGACCUCUCAGUCAUCUUCAGGGAGUCCACUGCCACCACCCCCCUGGUGUUCGUGCUGUCCCCAGGCACUGACCCCGCUGCCGACCUCUACAAGUUUGCUGAAGAAAUGAAGUUCUCCCAAAAGCUCUCUGCCAUUUCUCUAGGCCAAGGCCAGGGCCCCCGUGCUGAAGCCAUGAUGCACAGUGCCAUGGAGCAGGGCAACUGGGUCUUCUUCCAGAACUGCCACCUGGCCCCCAGCUGGAUGCCUUCACUGGAGAGGCUCAUUGAGGGUAUUGACCCCAUCAAGGUGCAUCAGGACUUUCGCCUCUGGCUCACCAGUCUACCAAGCAACCACUUCCCUGUGUCCAUCCUGCAGAAUGGCUCCAAGAUGACCAUCGAGCCCCCCCGCGGGGUCAAGGCCAACCUGCUCAAGUCCUACAUUAGUUUCAGUGAUGACUUCUUGAAUUCUUGCCCCAAGGUCACAGAGUUUAAAUCCUUGUUGCUGUCACUUUGCUUCUUCCAUGGGAACAUGCUGGAGAGGAGAAAGUUUGGGCCUCUGGGGUUCAACAUCCCCUAUGAGUUCACAGAUGGAGACCUCCGCAUCUGCAUCAGUCAGCUACAGAUGUUCUUGAGCGAAUACACAGACAUCCCGUACAAGGUUCUGAAGUACACAGCUGGGGAGAUCAACUAUGGCGGCCGUGUGACUGACGACUGGGACAGGCGCUGCAUCAUGAGUAUUUUGGAAGAUUUCUACAAGCCUGAGGUUUUAAUUCCUGAGUUUGCCUAUUCCGAAUCGGGGAUCUACAAGCAGAUCAGCACCUCUUCUGACCUCGAUGGCUACCUCCAGUACAUCAAGAGCCUGCCACUCAAUGAUAGCCCAGAGCUUUUUGGUUUACACGACAAUGCCAACAUCACCUUUGCUCAGAAUGAGACCUUUGCUCUGCUGGGGGCCAUUACGCAGCUGCAACCCAGGACCUUCAUGCUGGGAGGCCUCAGCAGGGAAGAGCUCGUGGAGGAGACCUCCAAGGACAUCCUGGCAAAGCUGCCUGCCCCCAUGAACCUGCAGGAGGUGACCCACAAAUACCCGCUGCUCUAUGAAGAGUCCAUGAACACAGUGCUGGUACAGGAAGUGAUCAGGUACAACAGGCUCCUGGAGGUGAUUGCUCAGACACUGAAGGAUUUGCUGAAAGCUCUCAAGGGCCUGGUCAUGAUGUCCUCUCAGCUGGAGCUGAUGGCCAUCAGCUUGUACAACAACGCUGUCCCCGAGAUGUGGAAUGCCAAGGCCUACCCGUCACUGAAGCCCUUGGCAUCGUGGGUGAACGACUUGGUGCAGCGGAUUGAAUUCCUGCAGAAAUGGAUCAGCCAUGGGAUCCCCUCUGUGUUCUGGAUCAGCGGGUUCUUCUUCCCCCAGGCUUUCCUCACCGGGACACUGCAGAACUUCGCCAGGAAGUCUGUCACCUCCAUCGACACCAUCUCAUUUAGCUUCAAGGUAAUGAAGGAGUCGGUGAGCGAGCUCGCUCACCCUCCCAACGAAGGCUGCUACAUCCACGGCUUGUUUCUUGAAGGCGCCCGCUGGGACCCCGCUGCGUUUCAGCUAGCAGAGUCGCGCCCCAAGGAGCUUUACACAGAGAUGGCCGUCAUCUGGCUGCUUCCUGUCCCCAACCGCAAGCCUCCAGCCACUGGCACCUACCUGUGCCCCAUCUAUAAGACUCUCACUCGUGCAGGCACGCUGUCAACGACGGGCCACUCCACCAACUAUGUGAUUGCUGUGGAGAUCCCUACAGACAAGCCACAGAAGCACUGGAUCAAACGGGGCACAGCCUUGAUCUGUGCCCUGGACUUCUAG